AUGUCCGCUAUUUCUAGAUUAUAUAAUUCUGCCAAAUCUCUGCUUUCCUACAGCAGUAAUCAAGAUCUUUCAGUUACAAAACGUCGAACAGGAGCUGACUCAAACAUGAUACAAACGAGACAAAACAACGUUGGCUUCAGCGAAGAGAUGAAAAAAUCUUUUUUCGAGGAUAGUCCAAAAAAUAAAAGACAAGCUACCACUAGUAGUAGCAAAAAGCGCUAUACAUCCAUUUAUCAUGAAGAGGCAGAGCCAAUACCAUCAAGCUCAAAGCGACAAAAGACGUCUUCUAAUCAGCAAAGGAGUGCUGAGAAAAUGCAAACACCUAAACUCUAUCCAACAUCGAAUAAGUCUAUGAAAUAUAGCACACCUCUUGGCUACAAAUGUAAAACUCCCGAUAAAAACUCAUCCAGCAAAGGAGAAGAUAAAAAUUCCGAAACUUAUCAAGAUAUUUCAGCAACAGAAAAAUCGGUGGACGUGCACACUGACAUAACACCUCAAAAAAUGACCGUGGCUGCGCAACAUAAAAAGUUUGGAAGCGAAGAACCGCUCACAAGUGCAGGAAUAUCCACCAUUAAGGCCGAACCAACUUUGAUACAAGACUUGUCAGCAGGAAGUGAGAGUACAGAUAGUGAUGAUGAUGCACCAGAAACAUUUGCAGCACUAGAUUCUGGAAAUAACCUAUUGAACAAGCUAGCUGAAGUGGCCAAAGCAGAAAAUGAGAAGAAUAAAGCUUUCCUUCAGAAGAGGAGAGAAAAGAAAGAAAGAAAAAGGCAAAAUUUACAAGAACUAAGUGAUUUAAUACAUGAUGGCGUUAAAUCGAGUCCAAGGAAUACGACCACAGUUCAAGGCAAGAAUGAAUCAAAGUAUGAAACCAUUAACGAUUAUGAGAUUCGUGACAAAGUGCAAAAAGAACCCAGAAGCUUAACUGAAAGGCUUCCAGAUUUGCUUCCAAGUGAAUAUCUUGAUGACGACGACCCCCCUGAACCUAUACUUUCCAGACCCUCGAAAAAUAUAGUAUCCAAAAAAACAACAUUCAAAAAUCUUGACAUAAAACAGCCAAAAGAUAUCCAUGUGGGUAACACCACUUAUCGGGUUAUCCAAAAAGAAAGUAAGCACUUGGCGCCAAAAGUUGCUCCAGGUGCUCGAAAAACAAAAGAGAACUUGCUUCAAAAGAAAGGCAACAGGAAUCAACGAUCUAAUAGAAGGUAUCCAUCAAGUGGAUUCGUUAGGCCACAAGCCAACUAG